AUGGAACUACGAAGUGGCAAGAAGGAAGGUAUAUCGCCGGGCUACCAGAGAGGAACAAAAGACAAGCUGGAGUUCUGUAUUUACCCUGCCCCGCAGAUCCCAACAGCUGUCGUUGAGCCCUACAACUCUAUCUUGACAACCCACACCACCCUGGAGCAUUCAGAUGUCAGCUUCAUGGUCGACAAUGAGGCUAUCUUUGACAUCUGUCGUCGAAACCUCGACAUUGACCGUCCUACGUACACUAACCUGAAUCGUCUGAUUGGUCAGAUUGUGAGCUCCAUCACAGCCUCUCUUCGUUUUGAUGGUGCCCUGAACGUGGAUUUGACCGAAGUCCAGACCCAUCUUGUGCCAUCCACACGAAUCAGCUUCCCGUUGGCAACGUUCGUUCCUGUAAUCUCCUCAAAGAAGGCCUACCAUGGACAACUUACCGUGGCAAAUAUCACCAAUGCAUGUUUCGAGCCUGCCAAUCAGAUGGUCAAGUGUGACCCUCGUCACGGCAAGUACAUGGCCUGCUGCCUACUGUACAGAGGCGAUGUCGUCCCGAAGGAUCUAAACGCUUCCAUCGCCAGCAUCAAGACAAAGAGAACUACCCAAUUCGUCGAUUGGUGUCCAACUGGUUUCAAGGUCGGCAUCGACUACCAGCUACCCACUGUUGUCCCUGGUGGUGCCCUGGCUAAGGUCCAGAGAGCCAACCAGUUGCUCCAGUUGAGCAACACCACUGCUAUCGCUGAAGCAUGGGCUCGUCUCGAUCACAAGUUCGAUCUAAUGUACGCAAAGCGUGCUUUAAUCCACUGGUUAUGGAGCAGGGAUAGUCCUCCAAAGCCGGUGGAGAAGGACUACGAGGAGGUUGGGAUGGUCUCUACUGAAGAAUAUGGAGAGGAACAGGGAGAAGAAUACUGAAGAGUCCUUUAAACCUUACC